CCAAGGGCGGGCCUCGCACCACCAUUCCACAGUCGGCCACCUGCCGGCUUUAGGACCCAGGCUUUAGGACCCGGCGCAGCACGGAAUGAAACGUGGGAGGCGGGACUAAGAGAGGCCGUCGCACACACAUGACGAAAGCAGCUGGCGUCAGCAGAGGUGAGCAAGCCGGGAAUAGAGGAGAAAGCUGUUUCUCGCUAGCCUUGGUUCUCACGCGCCAUGGCGGCCCCCGUCCAGCAGCCUCCUCAGUCUAGCGGUGGAAAGCGCAAAGGGAAAGCUCAGUAUGUGCAGGCCAAGCGGGCGCGGCGCUGCGACGGCGGGGGGCCACGGCAGCUGGAACCCGGGCUACAGGGCAUUCUCAUUACCUGCAACAUGAACGAGCGCAAGUGCGUGGAGGAGGCCUACAGUCUGCUCAACGAAUACGGCGACGACAUGUACGGGCCGGAAAAGUUUACAGACAAAGAUCAGCAGCCCUCUGGAAGUGAGGGAGAAGAUGAUGAUAUGGAGGCUGCCUUGAAGAAAGAAGUUGGUGACAUUAAAGCAUCUACGGAGAUGAAGCUAAGAAGAUUCCAAUCAGUGGAGAGUGGAGCAAAUAACGUAGUCUUCAUCAGGACACUUGGGAUAGAACCUGAGAAAUUGGUACAUCAUAUUCUUCAGGAUAUGUAUAAAACCAAGAAGAAGAAGACUCGGGUUAUUCUACGAAUGUUACCUAUUUCGGGCACAUGCAAGGCUUUCUUAGAAGACAUGAAAAAAUAUGCAGAAACAUUUUUGGAACCCUGGUUUAAAGCUCCAAACAAAGGGACAUUUCAGAUUGUAUAUAAAUCUCGAAAUAACAGCCACAUGAAUAGAGAAGAAGUUAUCAAAGAAUUGGCAGGAAUAGUAGGCAGCCUCAAUUCGGAAAAUAAAGUGGAUCUUACCAAUCCACAGUACACAGUGGUAGUAGAAAUCAUUAAAGCUGUCUGUUGCCUGAGUGUUGUGACAGAUUACAUGUUGUUCAGAAAGUAUAAUCUCCAGGAGGUGGUUAAGAGUGCUAAGGACCCAUCACAGCUUAACCCAAAGCAGCCAGCACAAGCAGGAAAUGGGAAAGAAGCUAAAUUGGAAUCUGGUGACAAAUCAAAUCAAAAUGACCCAGCAGAAGGAAAAAAUAACCAGCAAGUGGUAUCAGAAAAUAAUGAGGAGCUGGGGCACACAAAACCAAGAUCUGAGACAAAGAUGGUGAGUGAGGGAGGAGCUAAUCCUGAACUUGAAAGUCAAGUCACAGAAGGAUCUGAGCCAAAUGAAAAUGACCUCUCAUAGAGAAAAAAAAAAUCAUUUGAUGUUGCAGACAUAUCAAGAGUUUGGAGCCAAUGCUGAACACAGGUAUUUGUAAUUAACAGGAGCUUGAGUGAUGAAUGCAAAUCCAGAGAUCACCUCUGAACAGAGCUUGGAUUACAAAUGAGGUUUUGAGAUCUAAUUCCAGACAAAUGGUUUCGGAGUGUGAGGAGUGCAGUGUUUCAUUAAGGGUAAAGGUUGAGUUUUAUUUACAUGUCCACAUGUAUCUGACAUUUCAGUCAGACUAAUCCUAAUAGGCAAUCCUUGAUUUACCGAUAACCACUUAUUUCAAACCUACACUGUUAGAAACAUGCAGUAGGGGGGACAAAUGGAGUUCCCAGAGAAUACAGUUUGAAAGGGGUUUGGGGAGGCUUAGUGGAGGGAUUUUGUAUGCUGGGGGAUGAAUUCUCAGGAAGGAUUGGUCUACCUCUGAAUUUUUUUUUUUGCUUCUCUUUGGAAUACCGUGCAAAACUCACUGAUUAAUUAUUGAAGUUAGUUAAGUAUAAAUUAUUAAUUAUUCCUACAUUGAUUCCAGUUGGUAUUUACUUCUAAUGUUCACCUGAAAUCAGCUCUAUUGAGACUAUGGUAGCAGGAGGAAAAUACUUUGAAGAAUGGAAUUCAUUGAAUGGGGAAGUGGUACAAGAGGUUUGAGUGUGGGAUCCAUAGAGUCACUGCAGAGGGUCACAGUUAUAUGAGUGGCAGUAGAGAAAGAGAUGUGGGAGGAUGCUGAUACAGAAACUGAUUUUGAAAUUCUCCCUUUCAUACUACAUGGCUUCCUCCUAAACCUAAGGUUAUUUCUGUCAUUCCCCAGAUUCCCUUUAAUAGGUUGAAAGUAGGCUUGUGGGACUUGUUUGGGAACCUGGCCACAACAUCCUAUUUGCAUUGUUCCUGUAAUGAAAUGUAUUUUGAUUUCUGUGACAAUAGUACAUACAGUAGAAUCUGCUGUUUUUUCUUCUGUAGCAUCUCUUCCUCUUUUAAUAACAGUACCCUGAGUUUCCUACGGAGCAUUACCCUAACUUCUGUCUUUAGUGGUGUUGACACUAACUCCUACCUCCAGUGACCGGCAUAUGAUCCAGGUCUGGCCAGUGAGCAUAUACCAUUCCCUGGACCACGUUGGUUGGAUAUGUGAUCUAAGAUAGGCAAAUAUUAUUCUGGGAGUUGCUUGAAACUGGUGGAAAGGGAGCUCUUCUCCUGGUUGUUAAGCUGUGUGCAUUUGGAGUGGUUGCUGUCAAGUAGGAAGAACCUUUCCGAAUGGAACCAACCUAAAGAACAACAGCCAAGAGAUGGAGAGAGACGGUUUUGCUAACUUCACAUGAACCCUUGGAUGUAGCUGUACCUGAAGACCUCACUUAUGUGUGAGCCAGUAAAUUCCUUUUUUUAAAAACUUAGGUCAGUUUGAGUUGAGUUUCUGUCAUUUGCCUCUAAAAGAAUGCUAAUACAUCCCCUUUGAGAUGCAACUCAUUUGUAAAGUUGAUUGCCCAGUAUACAUUUUUGGCACAUGUGCUUCAUAAUAAGAAGUACAUGACUACUCCUGAUUCACUCCUUAACAUGGUCUAAUGGAUAGAACUUGAAAAUAUGAAAUUGCUACAUUAAUGACAUUCACUCUACCUCUCCUCUGAUUGGAUCUGGACUACUGACAACAGCUGAUUCAACAACUGCUGGGUGCUCGAUUAGUGCACUCUCCACUUCAAAUGGCCCAAUACGGUACCUGGAAGAGGAAAAGGAGCCCUUGGUCACUACACCACCCAAUAGAUCUCCCCUGACAAUCAAUUACUUCCUAAGAGUAAGAGUAGCAAAUAUACAAACCCAGAGGAUAUGAUGACAUCAUCAGCUCUACCAACAAACCAGAAAUACCCAUCACUGUCCAUCACUCCUCUGUCUCCAGUGACAUAAAAAUUUCCUCUUAUCGUGGCAGCAGUUUUCUCUGGAUUGUCCUAGGAAUCAAAGAUGACUCUUGGUCAGAAUAGGCAAAGGGCUAUGGCACCCAUGGAGUGACUUGUACAUUGUGCAUUCUAUUUCUAAAAGAAAUUAAUUUAAAGAAAUGUAAUUCCUAGUGUAGAAUACAAAAGGUUCAAGAAUAUAAUAAAAAGUAAACCCCUCUUCCACCUCUACCACUCCCUAUCACUCCCUCCCUGCCCUCUGCAGCCUGCCUAGUUGUCUUUUCUGAGGACACUCACUGCAACUGGUUUCUUACACAUAGAAUUUAAUCUUUGCACAACUCCUAGGAGAUAGAUGAUAUUCUCCCCAUUUUGCAGUUGAUGAAAUAGACUUGGAUUUUGUGACUUGCCCAAAUUUACACAGCAACACGUGAUGGAUAUGAAAUUUGGACCCAAGUCUGUAUGAUUCCCUGUACCACCUUUUCUAUUAAAGUGUGACUAGCAUAUUUUACAUUCUUGUACCACAUAUUCAGAGAAGAAACAGAAAGGCCGUGUAGUCUGUAGUCUGAGGGCAAUUUCCCCUUCUUUGCCAGGUGGUAGGACGUUGCCAUUUUCAUCUAUAAUCUAGAAUGAAAGAAACAAUUUAGGUUCCUAAAUUUGUUUUUUUACAGUGUGAAAACAGGUUAUAAAUAGUUGUACAAUGACUAGUAGAAAACUGUAAAACUUUUUUUCCUUAUUGAAACAGAUAUUACUGACCUGGACAUCAUAGGGUUGUACUCCUUUGCCCAUUGAACCCAGUUUAAUUUCUUGUCCUUUCUGAUUGGCACAAAUUAUUCCCUGUUGAGAGAACAUGUUUUAUAUAAGGAUGUAAAAAUUCAAUUUCUGUAGCUAUUUAUAUCAUGACAAUAAAACAUAAGACUCA